UUUCUUUUUCGCGUUUCUCAGUUGUCAUCGUGCCACGUGAUUUUCGUCACCUCCUUCCUUCAUCUCAACAUCGUGCCUUCCAGAUGCAGAAGUUGCGGUACCUCCGUCCUAAACCUUAAUUAUACUUCCUCUUCAUGCCUCUUUCUCACCGCCACAUCAAUCUUCCGAAUGAAUUGUGUCGUUCACACUGUAAACUAACAUCACGGUGACAUUCAAACUCCGUCCAUCUCGACCUUCCGAGCAUAAGCAAUUUGUCGAUUGAUUUGGCUUUGAAGCUGACGUCUGGUCUACAUGAUUUCAUAUGGUAUCCAUACUUGCUGUUCGUUGUAUCGAAGGCAGUGACUCCUCGCAGCUGUACUUCUUCAGCGCUCAGAAUGGCUUUGGUCGAGCGUAAUCCCAAUACCCUCGGUGGCCGUAACAGCUAUGCCUCUGACUUCUCAACACAAGCGAAAGCUGGCUCUCCUGUGGAUGGCAGCAAAGGAGACACUCCAUCCUUGGCCCCGGCCGUUCUGAACAUGCUCACGACCUCCACUGGCAUUGGAGAUCUCGAUGGUCGACUUCCAGGGACUUCACGGAAUUCACACCACGGUCAUCAUGCUUGGCUCUCCACAUCCUCUGCUCCUCUUUUUCAACCGGAAUGGAGCCAUUCAGCACCGGGAAGCCGAUCGAUGUCCCCGACGACCAAUAUGCAACGAUCCUCCACAGCAUUGUCCAACCCUUCUUUGACGAGUUUAAGUGAUCAUGACCCGAUCCCGAGACAGACGUCUCCGUACCACUAUUCGACGAGACUCAAACGAUCCGGAUACCGUCCUGCUUCUAUGACCUUGAGCCCACACGAGCAAUACCAAGAGUACAGUGUUGACAGGAAUCAGCACAAUGGCUUGAACGACCAGCAGGGAAAUUCAUAUCAAAUUUCCUCAAUGGACUACGAAAACCCCAGUGGCUACGAACGUACCCCUCGCCUUGUCAGAGAUGCUGGAAGCAACUCGUGGACACCCAAAUCCUCGGCAUCUCCGCACACUCCUGGAGGUGUGAUGCCACGCCGUUCGCUGGGGCCACUCAGGCGAACGAGAGUCAUAUCUACACCGAUAUUGCCUUUCCACUCGUCCGGCCAAAUCAAUGAAUAUGGCAUGCCAAGCAAGAAUACCGCCAACAUUAACCCGCCGGAGUACUACGACUACAGCGAGCAGUUCGAAGGAUGCCAAGAGAAGGUUUCGUCCUGUGUCAAGGACGAGCUAGUCCCUUCGCCAACUCGACUAGGUGAUGGAAUGCGGACGUGCCAGAUUACAAGGGACAAGAUACUCGAGGCUAUCGGUGCAAGCCCACAGCUUACAAGCACUACCGAAUGGUGUGGACGUGCACUCACAACCGAAACUGAAGCCAAAACUGAUCGAAGUAUAACCAAUCAGCCCACCUCUUGGUCGAAAGAGUCAAAUUCUCAAGAGCAGGCCAGACCCGAGGGGCUAGCUCUUACUCGAUCUGCGAGCUCAAUCUAUUCAGAUGAUGCUCCGACUGCCUCUUCUAGGUUUAGGUCAUCGGAUUUCGACGCAGUUUUCGCGCCUGUCCGACAACAUGACAUUCGAGGAUAUGUUGCGAGCUGCCCGGUGCCUCAUUCGCCUCCUGGUCCCACAAUGGCUAACGUGGAGGCUUCUCGACAUCCGGAUCCGGCAGCUAAUGAGAAGGAAGUCACCCAUGUCACGCCUGGAUCACGGAGUUCCAGUCGUGCUGCUUUUGCGAGGAAUUGGCACCAGGAAGAGAACAUCGAUGGAGGCACGAUGUCGUCAAGGUCGACCAUGCGUUCUGCGAGACCAUCCGAGCCACAGAGCAAUCAUUACGAUAGUGUGGAGGAUAUUAGACGCGACAAUCAAUCCCCCGGCAUGCACUCACACCGUCGUCACUCACCCGAGUUGGCCAAAGAAGUUCGCUUUUCUCAUAAUCGAACCCAUACGGCUGGAUCUGGUCUGCCUCGGAUCAAAGAGAGGCCCAGUAUGGAGCUGGGCCUUGUCGGCGGGAGUAGCAAAUCCACGAACCGCAUUUCCAUUGCUACGAUGCCGGAAGUUGUUACUCAACUUCAUGAGACAAGACAACGACCGAGGCUAGGCGUGCGGCCACCACAGGGGCAAUCAGCCUUUCGUCAUUCUACGAGCGGCAUUGAUGACAUGAAACCUAUCCUUUCGAUGGAAUUCAGCAAUUCAAACAUAAUGACGCAACUCAAAGAAGAGUUUCAACUCCGGACUCCCCGCUCGCUUGAUGAACUCGGGCUGAAUUUCGAUGAUAUGGGCAAGACCACAACUGGACCUGACAACAAGCCAAAAACCCAACACGAAUCUGUUUGCAGUUCUGAGUCGAUCCACGAGAAAUACAAAAGCUUCUUCGCCGGACUUGAGGAGAUGGACACAUCUCUGGGAGACAAUAGCUCUAUCUUUGACUCCGCACGACUGGACCAAGGCACAGAGGUUCUGAGGCUUGAGGGAGUUGGCAGGGCCAGGGAGCCAAAAAUCAGCACUGAAAUGAGACCACGGCCAUUGAGUCUGAGGCCCAUCAUGGGCCCUGAAGAACUGAUUUCAGAGGUCAGUCAGGUCUCCAUUCCGUCAGUCAGCGACUUGACACGGCGUCUUUCUGAGGUUUUGCCGUCCUUGCAGAAGUACCUGACCGAUGUGGAGAACACCUCCGAAGAUGAGGUCAACAAAACCAUUCAAGAGAUCAAGGCAAUCGGAGACUCUGGACCAAGCCACGAACCCACGAACCCAGCAAGCUUGGCCAACGGACGGAAGAGUUUGGGGACAGAUGUCAUCGAAAUGAAAGAGCAUGGCAACAUGAGUGAUUCGCGUGAGAAUAACUUCGAGGAUGACCUUUCCCGGACUGCGUUUGCUCGCAAGACACCUGUCGCCGAGCUCGAGGCUACUCCCCUUACCGGGCACGCUGCAAAUUCAUAUGUCCGCACAAUGGCUGCUCAUCGAAGCGACAGGUUUGAAGAUCCUGAUUCACACCUUAAUAGGCCUCAAACAAGUUCGUCGGCACCUUGGAAUAAUGAUUCCAAUUACCCCUGGACCGAAAGCGCCCCUGAUAUUAAUGUCUGUCUCCCGAGGACACCACCGGAGCUCACAACUCACUUCGGGACUCGAGCUCAGCUCCACGGUGUUAACAUGAUAGAAGGCAGCACUGUUGAGAACGAAGGACCAUUGGCAGGGACCGAAGAGGUGGCCAUGAGAAAUACUGAGCACGGUAUCUUCCAUGCGAUCUCUCGUAGACUCGGCCAUCAUCACCCGCAGGAUAUCAACGCCCACCAUGCCAUCACUCCUACCGCUGGCCCUUCCACUCCUCGUCCUAAAGUUAGCAAUGCCCCCAUCCCACUUGACCACUUCGACUACAGCGGCUAUGGAAACCGCUCAGAUGCCCUCUGCAUCGACGAUCCCGGCGUCGAUCCAGGGGAUCGCUACCCCACCACAAGCCUCUCCCCUCCCACCGCCACCAACCUAGAUGAUGUGCGCUCCUACUUUUCCGACGACAGCGAACGUCCCGCCAAGCACCGCAGCUCCUUCCGCAAGCGUUUGUCCAACUUCCAUCCCCAUAUCUGCUCCGGCAAUGCUCGCCGUGGACCUGCGCUCUCUGGCCUAGGAGCCUCCGCUAUCAACACCGGUCCACAAAGCGAAGACAUCCCAAUGGAGCCAAAUGGGAGCGCCAUGAAAAUUGGCAACGGCGGACCAGAUAAGACGACGAUGACGGCACCGACUGAGAUGGUUCACAUGAAUAAUGGUAUUUCUAAGGCCGACUCUCAGCCACGCAAGCUUGAGAAGGGACUGAAGGCCAUGUGGCGUCGUAGUGGGAAACUAAUUCGCAGCAUGGGUGGAAAGUUGAGGAAGGAGCGCAUGGAGGAUCAUGCGUGAAUCCGGCCGCAUGCCACAGCACAUCAAGAGGAGGACAGUGUCGCAAGGUGCCCCUGUUGAUUUCUAACAUAGUACUGCCACGCAACAUUAAUUUCACUGCCUAUUAGGCUAUUACCCCUAGGCUAAGCCUAUAUCGGACUGCUCAGUCCUUUCCUAUAUUUACAUAUCUUCAACUGUUUCGCCAGCGGGAUCUCUUUUCUAGACAAUGGGAAUCGUCAAUACCAAUUUGCGUUAAUUAGUUAUGACUCUACAGUAACUGAGCUUAAGCAGUGAAUGUGCUUAAUCAUCACUCCCGCUAUAUGCGACACCUACUUCGUAUUAAUG